AAAAAAAACAAAGAAAUUGGCAAAAUUGUAAUAAUUCACUCAAUUUGAGAUUUAAGAGCUUUUACUAUUUCUCAAAAAUUAUAGAACAUGGAAUUAUAUAAAACAAAAUUAUAAGACGAUGAUGAAAUAACAUAAACAUUAGGCUGAAAUCCACAUCAUUAAAUCUUAUUAAUCAAUGUUCCUAUUUUCCUAUUUUUUAAAAAUAGGAAAGAACGAUGUUGAGAGAUUGGAAGAUAUGGAUACGGCGAAAGAAACGAACGAGGAGAGCGACUAGUCGAAUACGUCGAAGGGAAGAACAUGUUUAUUAUGAACUCGUUUUACCAGAAAGAUGAAGAAAGAAAAUGGACGUGGAUAUCUAGCUACUGGUAACAGUAUCUCAAUCCUACAUUUCGAAUAUUUGUUGGGAGUUUCAACAAUUAGAGGGAUAAUCAAGGAGACCCGUGAGGCUUCAUGGAAAUGCCUACUUCAAACUUACAUGCCGGCUUUCAGUGAGGAAUGGUGGCUCAACAUUUCAGAAGGAUUCUACAUAGACAUAGAUUUUCCGAAUUGUAUUGGCGCCGUCGACGGCAAGCACAUAUUAAUUCAACAGCCGAAUGCAAGCGGGUCCGAAUUUUUCAACUACAAAACAUUCUUUUCUGUUGUACUGUUAGCUAUAGCUGAUUCGAAAUGCAAUUUCAUCUAAAUAGAUGUCGGGGCUUUUGGUUCUUCAAGUGACUCUAAUCUUCAAAAAAUCGGCUUUUUCAAAGCUAUUGGAAAAAAGAGCUUCAUGUUCCUGGCCCAACAAAGCUUCCUCUAAAUGAUGGACAAGAAAUGCCAUAUAUCCUAGUUGGAGAUGAAGCCUUUGCUCUCUCCGAUCAUGUACUAAGGCCUUACCAAAAUCGUAAGCUCUCUACAAAACAAAGAGUUUUCAAUAAUUAUAGAUAGACACGAGCGCGAAGAGUGGUUAAGUGCUCGUUUGGAAUUCUGGCCAACAAGUGGUGAAUCUUCCACAGAGCAUUCAACAGUAGCAUCGAAUUGACUGACAGUCUAAUUAAGGCUGCAUGUAUCCUCCACAAUUUUGUGCGGAAACGGGAAGGAUGCGAUAAUAAUUCCGAGGAUACUUGGUACGAAUAUGAAAGUCCAUUCGGUAAUGUUGAGAAUGUGGGAACAAGAGGGAGCAGGGAAGGGGUUAAUAUCAGAGAUGACUUCGCUAGUUAUUUUACCUCACCACAAGGCUGUGUUCCAUGGCAAUACAAUGAAAUUUGAAUUAAUUGGAUUUGACAAUUGUUUUAGUGUUUUUAUUUUUUGAAUUGCUGGAGUGUUAAUUGUAAGGCUAGUACGUGAGUAGGUUGUUAGAGCAUUCAAGUUUUUAAUUAUUGAGGUCUAUUACAAAUAAUUACUUAUUAUGUUAAUUCUAAUUAUAUUUCAUAGGAUUAUUUAUUUUACCUCAAUAAUUUACUUGUUAUCUUUAAUUUACUUGAAAUAGUUUAUCAGUUUGAAUCAACAUAUUGUAGAACCAAGCUGUUCGUUUUUAAAUUUAGAAGAUUUCGGGGAUUUUCAUUGAAUAAGGUUCCCUUAUUAGGCUUCAUGGAAAUGCCUACUUCAAACUUACAUGCCGGCUUUCAGUGAGGAAUGGUGGCUUAACAUUUCAGAAGGAUUCUACAAGGACACAGAAGAUCGAUAAACAAUAGGUGGACUAUGUUUAUAAGUAUAGAUAGUAGAUAGUACAAUUAUUAUUAUCGUGCCCCAGGAAGGGUGUAGAAUGUAAGGUGUUUCU